AGUCCUCAGGUUGGAGGGAUGGGGAGCACUAUGGAUCCCCCGGGGGGUCCCUACCUUAACCUGGGAGCCGUCACUUCCUCCGUGGGCACCACCCGCCUGCUGCAGCUGGCAUUUGGCUGUGCCACCUUCAGCCUCGUGGCACACCGGGGUGGCUUCGACUCUGCCUACGGGACCUUCUGCAUGUCCGCCUGGUGUUUUUGCUUUGCCCUCACCAGUUUGGUGGUGGCCUUUGAGUUCGCCCGCCUCCACGGCUGCCUCCACCUCUCCUGGGGUAACUUCACCGCAGCCUUUGCCAUGCUCGCCACCCUACUGUCAGCCACCGCCGCCAUUGUCUACCCUCUCUACUUCACCCGGCUCGAGUGCCCCCCAGAACCAGAAGGCUGCACUGCCCGGGACUUCCGCCUGGCUGCCAGUGUCUUUGCCGCCUUACUCUUUGUGGCCUAUGCCACUGAAGUGGUCCUGACAAGAGCACGGCCUGGCCAGGUCACCAGCUACAUGGCCACCGUGUCCGGCCUGCUGAAAAUCGUUCAGGCCUUUGUGGCCUGCAUCAUCUUUGGGGCCCUGGUCCAGGAGAGCCACUACGGGCGCUUUGUGGCCACUCAGUGGUGCGUGGCUGUGUACAGCAUCUGCUUCAUAGGCACAGUGGUGGUGGUGGGCAUGAGUGUGACUGGCCGGGCUGGAACCCUGGACUUCCCCUUUGACCGGGUGGUCGUCGUGUACACGUUUCUAGCUGUGCUGCUCUACCUUAGUGCUGCCGUAGUCUGGCCCGUCUUCUGCUUUGACCCCAAGUAUGGGUCUCCUUCGAGGCCCUCAGGCUGUCCCCAAGGAAGCUGUCCUUGGGAUAGCCAGUUGGUGGUGGCCAUCUUCACUUAUGUCAACUUUCUCUUCUAUGUUGCUGACCUGGCCUACUCCCAGAGGAUCCGCUUUGUGCCCACUCUUUUCUGGACUUCUGGAUUCCUGUCAAGAGCUGGAAGUUUAUAUUCACUUAGAUCAGUACCUCCUUUCCAAGAGGCCAGGAUGACUCCAUACCAUGGAACAGAGCUGACCACAUAAUCCUCUGAAUCUUUCUAUCCUAUCUUCAUCCGCAUCAUUCUUCAGCCUAUAGCUCCAGAGACUUGGGCCAAGUUGCUGCUAACUCCCUCUUAGUCUUUCAGGAAGUACCCAAGAAUGGAAAUAAAGUUGAGGAAGUCCAUUUGA